AUCGCGCGCUCCCGUAAGAGACUGGGUCGCGCGCUGCGCUGUGCUGCGUGCAGAUGUGUCGCAGCUUCUUUUCCAACGGAAAACGUCCAGCCCGUGCAAGUUGGUGGCGUUUCAAUGGGCCUCAAAGUGUUGCCUCCCUAACUCGGCGGCCGCGGGUGAAACGGGGCUUCCCCGCCGGCAGCUUUCGUUAGCUUAGAUCGGGGCGGAAAAGACGCCACUUUUUUUCCCCGGCAGGUCCGAGGUGCGCACUUGAUGGAGCUGUCAGCGAUCGGCGAACAAGUGUUCGCCGUGGAAUCCAUCAUGAAGAAAAGAGUUCGGAAGGGGAACGUGGAGUACCUGUUGAAAUGGAAAGGAUGGCCUCCCAAGUACAGCACAUGGGAGCCCGAGGAACACAUUCUGGACCAGCGUUUAGUUCAAGCCUAUGAAGAGAAAGAGCAGAGAGACAGAACUCUGGGUCACAGGAGAAAAAAAUCCAAAACCAAAAAGCGGCUCCUGUUGCAGAACACAGUGUACACCAUGGACCUUCGCAGCGCUCACAAGGCCGAGGACAUGCCUAAACCCCGCCUACGUCUCUCCCUGACCCGCUCACUCCUCCCGGAGGAGGACGAGGAAGAUGAGGAAGAGGAGGAAGAGGAGGAAGAGGAGGAAGAGGACCCAUCCUACACUGCUUGGAGGAGAGCGCCCCGUUACAACAAGAGGAGGCCACGGAGCAGGUGCCUUAAGUUGAGGCCGGCGAGUCCUGCACAUGAGCACUGGAAAAGCCUGGGAGAGGAAGAGGAGGUGAAAGAGGAUCUUGUUGGAGAUGAAGAGGAGGAGACUGAGGAUAUCACAGAAAAGACCGCAGGUCAAAGACGAGCCGCAGGGUGGAGCCCAGAUUCCGGUGGAGACCAUCUGACAGAGGCCGAGAUGCCCGAAACGGUCUGGAGGCCCGUCGUCGGCCCGGCAGAGGUGACAGUCACCGACGUCACCAUCAACGCGGUCACCGUGACGUUCCGAGAAGCGCGCGUGGCCCGCGGUUUCUUCCGAGUGUGGGGGGCUGGAGGUCUGAGCGGGGCGCCGAGGUUUUCCAAAUUGAUCGUCAAUGCUUCCUCUUAGCCUGGACGGGAACUGAAAUGCCGCAUGGCUCAGACUGACCUUUUGCACUCGGCGGAAAGAAGUUUGGACACGUGCUUCUGUAUGUCGUCGGCGGGAGAAAGAAAAUGAGCCAUUAACGAGCAGUCCUAGAUGACAAUGUUAGUAUCGUUCUCCCAUGUUUGCACUUUUCUUCCAGCAUUUGUAGCAAUCGAAGCAUCCGAUCCUCCAGUACUUACAGGUCAUCUCAUUCUGGAUAGGAAAGAACAUUUCCUAAGCAAAAAUCUUUUUUUUGCACAUAGUGAUGCGUUAACCUGCACAUGACUGCAGCCUAACUUGAAGAUGUCGAUUAAAAAUGUCGUCAUAAUGGAAUAAAUGUGGCUCAUGGUUAAUAUCUUCA